AUGAGAACCAAGCACACCCACUGUGAGUGCGGCUUGACUUGCGUGACAGCCCAGACGAGCUCGGCUCAAGUGGAGCUGCUGCGAAAGGUCACUUCCACUAUUUCUGCAAGAGAUACAAUACAAAAUGGUGUUCCUGUCUUGUACCCUUUGGGCGAGAAGCCGCGGACCUGACAGAUACUGGAAGGUCCAAGAACUCCUCAAGCAUGCCCGGCACUUCAGAGGCAGGAAGAACCGAUGUUACAGCCUGGCUGUGCGGGCGGUGAGGAGGGCGUUUGUCUACGCGACUAAAGGUCGCAAAAUAAAGAAACGCAACAUUAGAACGCUUUGGAUUACACGUAUAGCAGCAGCAUCCCGAGAGCACGGCAUGAAGUAUCCCGUCCUCAUGAACAACCUAACAAAGAGCAGCGUGCAGCUCAACCGGAAGGUUAUCAGCGAGCUGGCGAUCACAGAACCUCGGUCGUUCCUCUCGCUUGCCAAGCUGGCCAGAGCCCGGCAACAAGAAGGCUUCUGUGCAGCAUUGGGUGACGGCAAAGAGCCUCCUGGUGUCUUCUCCCGUGUGGUCGUGCAGCAUUAAUGGACUCAGAUUGUGGAGAUGUUUAUUAAAAUAACAGAGUGGACGCGUACAUUUAAAAAAAAAAAAUGUAACAUUUGUUCUCCACUGCGUAGAGUUAUGUUUUGUCAUGUGAUAUUGUUAUUGGUCGUUUAAACAAGAUCUUUUUUUCCCUCACGCUUUUGACCGACAUGUAAGUGUAAAGACAGAUGUAUUGUGUGCGUAUCAUUGCAAUGUCAAUUCAACUUUUCUUAUAUUUUCUGGUACAAAUAAGUGGUCAUGCCCUCCACCACACUUUGUAAAAUAUUUUUUCUCAUCGUGUGCUUGUCCCCUGAAUGUCAAGUUAAAUAAACAUUUUGAUACAUUCAAAAA